CGACAGCAGGGAGUAGCUCCAGUUAGAAGCUUACAAUAUACUACUCCUCCUACAUGUCUCGAUCAACUUGUAUUAAUUCACGGCAGCUGAGCACAUAUACGCCAAACCAACUCCUUGGUUAAUAAUUGCGGCUGCACAGACCGAGUGGAGCUGAGCUAGUGAGAAAGGAUCGAUCGAUGGCCGGCGGCGAGGCAGCAGCGCCGUUGCUGGAGAAGAAGGCGGCGGUGUACCAUGAGGGGUGCCCGGGCUGCGUGGUGGAGCAGCGGAAGGUGCUCAACCCCGGCGUCCCCUACAAGCAAUUCUUCCACAUCUGGAUCAUCAUCCUCGUCUCAAGUUUGCCAAUAUCGUCGCUAUUCCCCUUCUUGUAUUUUAUGAUUCGAGACUUGCAUGUUGCCAAAACAGUAGAGGACAUUGGAUUCUAUGCUGGAUUUGUUGGAGCCUCCUAUAUGCUUGGUAGAGCUUUAACCUCUACUGCUUGGGGGAUGGUAGCAGAUCGUAUCGGGAGAAAGCCAGUUAUUGUGUUCGGAAUUUUCGCCGCGUUUCUAUUCAAUCUUUUGUUCGGAUUAAGUGUUCGAUACUGGAUGGCAAUAUCUACACGAUUUCUCGUUGGUUCAAUGAAUGGUUUAAUUGGCCCUAUAAGGGUAUGUUGGCUUAUCGACAUAAACUUUUGUUUGGUAUCUGAACAAGUUAUGGUUAUUGACUCGCAAUUAAUCCUGCAGGCUUAUGCUAUUGAAGUUUGUCGACCAGAGCACCACCCUAUUGCAUUGUCACUUGUUAGCACAGCAUGGGCAAUAGGUCUCAUUGUUGGGCCAACAAUUGGUGGAUAUCUUGCACAGCCAGCAGAAAAAUAUCCAAAGUUAUUUCCCGCUGAGUCAUUAUUCGGAAGGUUCCCAUAUUUCUUACCUUGUUUGUGUAUAUCGGGCUUCUGCUUUGUUGUUCUUAUAAGCUCCAUUUGGCUCCCGGAGACGCUGCACAACCAUAAAACCAACAUAAACGAAGAUGAUGCUAGUGAAUCUUUCGUUCAUUUUUCUGAUCCGGAAGAGCUUAUCGGGCGUAACAUCACUUCAACUACGAAAAAGAACUUAUUGAAGAAUUGGCCACUGAUGUCAUCCAUUAUUCUGUUCUGCAUUGUGUGCUUUGAUGAUAUGGCUUAUACAGAGAUUUUCUCUUUAUGGGCUGAAAGUGACAGAAAGUACGGCGGACUAAGUUUCACGUCCGAGGAUGUUGGUCAAGUUCUCGCAAUUUCAGGUGCUAGCAUUAUUAUAUAUCAAACAUUUAUUUAUCCGAGUAUCGUUAGAGUUCUGGGGCCAAUCAGUACCGCUCGUGUUGCAACGAGCCUAUCUAUGGUGCUUCUAUUUACCUAUGCACCAAUCACGCAUCUCUCGAGACCCUGGUCGUCAAUAGCAGCAAAUGUGGUAUCGGUGCUUAAAAAUAUUUUUGUCGUUUCCAUCGUUACAUGUUGUUUCAUUCUUCAGAAUAAUGCCGUGACUCAAGAUCAAAGAGCAACCGCAAAUGGCUUAGCAACCACUUUGAUGUCUUUUUUCAAAGCAAUCGCUCCAGCUGGAGCUGGCAUUGUGUUUUCAUGGGCACAGAAACGACAACACGCUUUCUUCUUUCCAGGCGACCAGAUGGUGUUCUUCCUUUUGGCGAUUGUCGAGCUUGUGGGUUUCGUCUGGACAUUCAAGCCGUUUCUUGCCGUGCCAGAACAAUUUCCUUCAAAUUAGCAGCCCUGAUUGAUUUAUACGUGCUACCAUUAUACAGUAGAACUGUACUAGUACUAUACCAUCCUCCUACUAGCUACAUAGCUCUGGUACCUGCUGGAGCAGUUACUGAAGGCCCAGCUUGCAGUAUCAGUGAUCAUUCACCCGAAGUGACACGAAGCCUAUGUAUGGCAGACAUAUUCUCCAAAAAAGAAGUAUGGCAGACAUGUUUGAAUUC